UAAAGUCUCGGGUUCUCGAUUUCCCUUCGUCCAAGCUAAACAAAUACACAAACUAUUUAAAAAACGCAAACGCACACACUCUGUGUAUCUCUCGAUUUCUCCAGAGCUCUUCAAUCAUGCUUAAAGUGAGUGUAAAAUGGCAAAAGGAGGUAUUCUCAAAUGUGGAAAUUGACCCUAGCCAGCCUCCUUAUGUUUUCAAGUGCCAAUUGUAUGAUCUUACUGGAGUACCCCCAGAAAGGCAGAAGAUUAUGGUGAAGGGUGGUUUACUGAAGGAUGAUUCGGAUUGGUCAACAUUGGGAGUGAAACAGGGUCAAAGAUUGAUGAUGAUGGGUACUGCUGAUGAGAUUGUGAAGGCCCCUGAGAAGGGACCUGUUUUUGUGGAAGAUCUUCCAGAAGACGAACAGGUGGUAGCACUGGGUCAUAGUGCUGGCCUAUUUAAUUUGGGAAAUACCUGCUACAUGAACUCCACCGUGCAAUGCUUGCAUUCAGUCCCAGAGUUGAAGUCUGCUUUAUCUAAGUAUUCACAGUCUGGAAGAAGCAAUGAUGUGGAUCAUAGUUCGCACAUGUUGACAGUUGCGACAUGCGAGUUAUUUAAUGACCUUGAUAAAAGUGUGAAGCCUGUGGCACCUAUGCAGUUUUGGAUGCUCUUGCGCAAAAAGUAUCCUCAGUUUGGUCAGUUGCACAAUGGAAGCUUCAUGCAGCAGGAUGCUGAAGAAUGUUGGACACAACUCUUGUACACACUUUCACAGUCUCUCAGAUUGCCAAAUACCAGUGAAAAUCCCGAUACUGUGAAGGGACUUUUUGGUAUUGAUAUUAUAAGCAGAGUGCAUUGUCAAGAAAGUGGUGAGGAAAGCUCAGAAACAGAAUCAAUUUAUUCUCUUAAAUGCCACAUAUCACAAGAGGUUAACCAUUUGCAUGAAGGACUGAAGCACGGUUUGAAAUCAGAGUUGGAGAAGGCUUCUCCUGCCUUGGGUCGUAGUGCUAUUUAUUUGAAAGAGUCUUGUAUUAAUGGUUUGCCUAGGUACUUAACCGUUCAGUUUGUCCGCUUUUUCUGGAAAAGGGAGUCAAAUCAGAAAGCCAAGAUUUUGAGGAAAGUGGAUUAUCCGCUGGAGUUGGAUGUUUAUGAUUUUUGUUCUGAUGAUCUUCGGAAAAAAUUGGAAGCCCCUCGCAAGAAACUAAGGGAUGAGGAGGGAAAAAAGCUUGGUCUAAAGUCUAGUGAGAAAAGCUCUGAUUCGAAAGAUACUGAUGUCAAAAUGAUUGAAGCUGAGGGAUCUUCAUCAAAUGGAACUGAAGAAUCAUCUGUAGCUACAUCUCAAGAUGGUGUUGCCUCUGACACUGGCAAGGAACCACAAUUAACUGGGGUUUAUGACUUGGUUGCUGUGCUAACCCAUAAGGGUAGGAGUGCCGAUUCAGGACAUUAUGUUGCUUGGGUGAAGCAAGAAAGCGGGAAAUGGAUUGAAUAUGACGAUGACAAUCCUAUUCCACAGCGAGAAGAAGACAUUACUAAACUGUCUGGAGGAGGUGAUUGGCAUAUGGCAUACAUUUGCAUGUACAAGGCUCGAGUUGUGGAGAUGUAGUCCUGAUUUAGCCGUGCAAUUCAAUCUGGAUUAUCCUUUUGUUUUUAAAUCAUACAGAAACAUUUCCAGUUUGAGGAUUAAAUUGUGAUUGGUCGAUGGAAUUUUACGCAAUUGUGUUGUACUAUACUAUUUUUAAAGUUGUGUUAUAUAUCUCUGUUUAAACUUA